GCUAGUCCGUCCUUCAUGCACAACACAACAUCCCCAAGACCAAGACAUACCGGUCUCAGCUCGACUAGCUCGGCACUAGCUUCAUCUAGUAGCUUCUUCGAUCCACGAUGGGUAUGCAAUGGGAGCCCAAGUUUAAUUUUGGGGACAUUGGCCAACAACAUAUGAACAACGGUAACACCUUCAACGUGGGUGGUAAUCGUGAGUACAAGCGUCAGCAAGCGGCGGCGGGGCAGGGGCACUAUGGUGGUGGCGGCGGUGGAGGAGGAGGAGGAGGAGGAGGAGGAUAUGGAUACACAUACGGUUAUGGAUACGGUGGUCCUCCAGCACAUCCUCAUCAAAAGCCAUCGACUUAUGGUGGUGGUGGUGGCGGCGGCGGGUGGUGGGAUAGCGGGGCAUAUGACGAGUACUCUGCUCCUCCCCCUCCCCCUCCUCGCCGUCGUGUCGUGGAUUGGGACGAUGGAGCACACGAAUACCCGCCGCCGUCACAGCAGAGGCCACCUUCAGUGAACAAGAAGCCACCGCCAGAGUGCAAGCCUCUGCCAUGUCCGGAGCAUGAACCACCACCACCACCUCCAGAUGAAAAUAAAGAGGUGGAGGACAUGCCGCCAAAAGUGAGUCCCAAGCGUGAGGGUAGCAGGCCUCCUCCAUCUGCAGUCGACCCUCCUCAGAAACAGCCGCCGUCGUAUGGCUAUGGCCACCCUCACCCAGGUUGGGGUACUGAGGGUGGUGGUGGUGGUGCCUACUAUGGCGGUGGCGGUGGCGGUGGUGGCGGCUAUUAUCCUCCGACACAGGGGCGGGGCUACCCACCACCAUACCAAGGAGGUCAUCAUGGGGGCGGCGGCUAUGGCGGAGGGGCGCAAAUGGGGUUGCCAGUGCCAGCACCUCCCGGUGGAGCUUAUGCUACUUAUGGAGCAUACCACAAGCAUCACGGCGGAUAUGGUGACGGUGGCUAUGGCGUAUACGGUGGCGGCGGCUAUGGCGGCGGCGGAGGUUACGGCCAUGGCAAGUACAAGCACGGACACCAGGGCAAGUUUAAGCAGUAUUCUCACCACCAGGGCAAAUACUAACAAGCAUAUGCAGCAUGAUGAUGAUGGGUGAGCUAGUAGGUAGCAAAAGUUCGGUGCCGGCCGGUCCGGGGACCCAGUCACGGCAUGAUAUGUCAGAGUUCACCAUAGUACGUACGUACGUACGUGUGCAUCCUGAUGCGCAUGGAUGCUAAUAUGACUACUAAAUAAAGCUUGUUAUGGUGUAGGCUUCCCUUUAAGGAUUGCCACAUCGAUCUGCUUGGCAGGAGAUUGAAUUAGCCUAAUGCCUUAGGCGAUGGAUAAGUGUAUGUAUUUAACUAGCUACUAUAUAUACUACCUUAGCAGUGUGAUACUUGAUCAAUGUCCUACCUCUAUAUCUUGCCAUAUGAAGCUUUACUUUGCUUUCUAGAAUAUGCAGCACAGCAGGACUGCAUACCUGUGUAUAUGUAAUAUAUGUAUGUAAACCAAUCUAGCGGUUUGCUUGUAAGACCCAUGCAUCACAUCACAUGCAUGGUUUGCUGAAUAAGCACGGAGACUGAAAUACAAACUGUGUGUGUGUGUUUUUUUAA